AUGACGAAGAAUGGUUGUUCAAAUAUCAACGAGCUGCCCGACGAUUUGAUCUUGAAGAUAUUGUCAUUCAUUUCAACAAAACAUGUUGUGGUGACGAGUCUUUUGUCAAAAAGAUGGAAAUCUCUCUGGACAAGGGUGCCUAUACUCAAAUUUGAUGUUGGGGAUCACACUAGAUUUGAACGAUUUAUGGACAAGUCACUGUCUUCACAUCAAUCUCAUGUUCUAGAAAGCCUUCAUGUCAAAUUAAGUGUAGUCCGGUGGAACAAAGAUAUUGGACCUUGGAUCAGAACUGCGCUUGAUCAUCAUCAUUCCCACCUCCGUGAGCUCGAGAUAGAUGCUUGUAUCGUUCAUACCCUGUUACCUCCUGAAUUGUUUACAUGUGCAAGACUUGUUGUCUUGAAACUCCAAGGCAUAGUGAUCGAUGUGAAAGGUCCUCUUACAAGGGUCUGUCUCCCAUCCCUAAAAACUCUGCACAUUGAUCAGUCGAGUUUAUUCGACAUUGAUUCCCUUCAAAUGCUUUUAUCCACUUGCAAUUGUCUUACCGACCUAAUGGUCAUAAGGAAAUCUGGUUUUUUCUUUGCUGAGUAUGACGUUUCCUGGUGUAAAACACUUGUGGCCUUGAAACUCGAGGGUUUGAAGGAUGUGAUAAGCAUUGCUUCUUCCGCGGUAUCUCUCCCAUUCCUCAAAACUCUGCAUGUUGCCCGCAUGGUGGAUUUUAACAAUGGUUCCUUUUGUCGGCUUUUAUCCAAUUGCCCUGUUCUUUCUGACCUAACAUUGGAGACAAAAACCAGUGAUGUUAUGCUGAAUUUGGAUAUUGCUAUGCCUUGCUUACAAAGUUUGUCCAUUAUAACAAGAACCCUUGAUUCCACAGACUUGUGUGGUUUACUAAAAGAUUACAUUCCAAAGCUAGCGAUUAUAGCACCUUGUUUCAAGUACUUGAGCAUUCAAGAGUUGUUGUAUUCCCGCUUCCUCCGUACUGUGAGGAUUAGAAGACUAGGAGAUCCAUGGAAAGUAGAGGAUGCAAGUAUCUUCAGUCGAAUCGUACAUCUGGAACUGAGCAUAUGUAGGGAGAAAUCUGGGAAAAUACUUGAAGAUUUGUUUCCAUGUUGCAUUAACUUGGUGGUUCUCAAGCUUAAAAAUGUUAACGUAGGAACUUCUCUGGAUCGCUGGGAACCGCCGAGUUUGGUUCCUACGUGUUUGUUGUCCAGUCUUGAAGCUCUAGAGUGGAGAGGGUACAAAGGGAUAUACGGAGAUAAAAAACUGAUGAGUUAUCUCCUGAAUCAUGCUCUAUGUUUGAAAACGGCGAAAAUCUUCUAUGAGACAUAUUAUCCAUAUAACGUGGAAAAAAAACAGAUUGAAAAGGACUUAGCUUCUAUGCCAAGAGGUUCCAAGUCAUGUGAACUUGUGGUUAAUGAAUAUAUAAGAAUCAUAUAA